GGAGUAGGGGAGUCCGGCUAUGGAAACCAGGUUAUGAAACAUACGUACGAUACGUUCACGCAGCUUCGUAGUUCUAUUGACAUGCCGAAAGAGGCUGAGCCACACCUGGCGAUUCGGUAUCCGCCUCAUUCGGAAGAGGCAGUGAAAGCGCUCACUGCUACGGUGUAUACCCCCAUUCCAUCAAGCCGCCUGUGAGAAGAUAUCAACGGACACUUAAUUAUGCACUAUCUAUGACUUCAACAUUUGUAUGUAAGGUAUUAGGAUCCGAACCAUGGAUUACCGCCUUAGGUUGUACAUCCUAACGGAAUGUCGUUAUCAUAAUUGUACCCGCACAGGACGUUGCCAACAUCAGGCUUUGAAGAAGAAACGUUGGCA